CAACAGACUGCCAACUACAAACGGCACGUGCUAAAAACUACCAAACUACCCGCUAAUCCACGUUUAGCAGACAGAGAGUGAUUCAACAAUCUCACAACCUCCCCAACACUGGCGCAUUGCGCGUUUAUCUGCCUAAACGCUUUGAUGCGCCGGCGCUUUUUCGCGCAAAUGAAAAGCUUCGCCACACCUUGCGCUCCAGCUUGCGUUGGCGCGAAAUGCUUAUCGGACACAAAAAUCCUUACCACAGCGUGCCAAACGUGGCCAAACAUGCUGAGCCCGUGAGACUCCACUGCUAUGCCACCUAUGGGGAGUUGUGUUGUUCCAACGUAGUAAAACAAACCGCACAAUGAGCUCACCCGUUUGCACUACGUGACCUUUCUUGAGGCGCUUUAUGUAACGCUCGGUUACCGUUUGUAAUCGUUCUACGCGAAAGCAAACCACUGUCGACCAUCGUACCAUCGACGGCGCGUGCACUCCCCUGUUAUCCGAGCUCUUCGUUAUCUGCCUCUGUGGGUCCGAAAUGUGCGCCGGCGUGUUGUAAGCGGCAGUUUGGGGUUAGAAAAGUUAUAAAACAUUCCCACCAUAGCUGGUCAGCUUCCAGAGCUCACCUGUGACAAGAUGAAGUUCGUUGGCUGGAUCGUGCUUACCGCGGUGGUGCUGGUGAUCUGCGUCGGGGUGCGAUGGAGCGAUGCCCUACCCGCACGCGAUGGCUAUCCGCGCGAACCGUGCUGCAAAGACUGUCCCGCCUGUCGGCAUCACUUCGACGUGGAGGCUCCGAAGGAUCCGGGCUGCCGGAAGCUGCACAACUUCCACUACGAUGUGGAAAAGUUUACCGACUGCCAUAAGGAAACGUACGAUCGGUUGGAUGCGGCCGUCGAGGAUUUGCCCGAGCGGGGCUGCCGGAAAUCGUACCACUAUCACUACGACGUCCAGAAGCCGUGCUGUUGCGAGGAGGAAAACUACGACACUUACGAUUUCGAGGUGCUGGAGCCGAAAAGGAAGCCAAAGUGCUCCAAAGUGAAGUUGGAAGCGUACGCUGAUCAUCCUGUGCGGGAGUGUCAGUGCGACUGCCGCAAUAGACGGUACGUGAUAAACGGGGUGAACGGUAGCCGAUCGCUGCCGGACGACGAUAGUGAUCGUAAUCGCAUACCGAGAAUGCGCCGUAGUAUUAUGGAUCCUUUUCAAACGGAUCACCGCACAAACGCACCAUGCGAAACUGGCGCACCGAUGCACUUUUUCUACUCCACCCCACAGCACGGGCCGGGGAGGGCAAACUUGCGCGCCAGAAGGCUUGCUUUGCGCCGGGACCUUCCGCAUCGAUUCAGAGCAAAUCGCAAAGAGUUCGAUAUGAACGGUGGGAGUGGAUUUUGGUGUCGCUGUAUGCCCUUGGAGCGGGAUCGGGAUGGCUAUGUACAGAGCGGUAAACCGGAGGAGCUGGUUGGUGCACCGGCAAGGUCACAGGCCGCCCUCCGGGGUGGUUCCGUUGAGCCUGCCGUGUACAUUGGCGACGCCUCGAACCCGGUGACGUACGAGCAGAUCAAAAAGCAUCUCGAUGCCCUGCCAAGGGAAGACUACAGCCCGACGACGAACGAUGUGAUCGGCAAUUUGACCGUUCUGUUCUAUGAUAUUUAUCAGCAAAAGCAUAAGAAGAAUUUUACCCUCCCGUUGAAGUACGGUACGCGUACCGUAAUCGACCAGGGGGAUGGCAUACAUACGUACGAUAUUGGGCCGAUCGAGGGGGUGUACAAGCCGCCCAAGUUGAAUCGCAUUGCGACCAAGGGUUUGCGCCUGAUGGGCAGGAAAAUUGACCGCAAAACGGAUCCGUCCGCUGGGCAGCGAAGCAAUCGGUUGCGUAACCGGCCACGAGAGGGCGCUUGAGGGUUAAUUUGAAUUGUAGGCUUUAACGUAUUUUAAGAUAGUGUUAUUGUACAUGCAGUGUCAAUUCGAUUUAAUUCACCUUUACUCCAUUACUCUCUUCUCGAACACAUCAUUAGCUGACCUGGACGAUCGUGACCUGACGAUCAUUUCUUCGACUGGGCUACGAAAUACCUGGCUAACUUGGUGGACGUUGUAAAAGGACAGGACAAAUAUGUUGAGGUGACUUGUUUCCUGACGUGACGCGUACCAGCAUAGACUUGAAGCAUUUCCACUUGAGAAUUGCACAGACGAUCGGAC